AAGUUCCCCUCCUUACCCCGUCACUGCUGCUACUUGGGAAGGCAAGGCAAGAAGGGGAGGCUACCAUGAGCCGGGGGACUCGGGGAUCUGGAGGGCCCCCACAACACCAGCAGAAUGUACCCUCUGGCCUUCUGCAGGAUCAUGAGAACCAACGGCUGUUUGGCCUCUUGGGCCGCAAGUGCUGGACCCUGGCAACCUCAGUGGCCCAGCUGUACCUGGCACUACCCAGCGCUAGCGGGCGCUGGCAGAAGGAACUGAGUGGAGCCAUUUGCUUUGUGAAAGACAACCCUCGGCGUUCCUAUUUCAUCCGCCUCUAUGGCCUCCAGGAAGGACGUCUCCUCUGGGAGCAGGAAAUCUACACUCAACUUGUGUACUCUGCCCCCACCCCAUUCUUCCAUACCUUCCCUGGUGAUGACUGUCAAGCUGGUCUGAACUUUGCCGAUGAGGCUGAGGCCCAAGCCUUCCGAGCUUUGGUGGAAGAGAAGAUCCAGAAACGAAGCCAGAAACAGAAUGCUGGAUCUCUCAGCAUAGAAAGAAGAGGGGGCACCACACCUCUUCCUCCCCAACCUAGUGGAGACCUCAAUGUCCCAGCCAGUACCCUGGGCUCCCCAUCUCUGGCCCUGGCUGCUGUGGACAUACAAAACCCAGAUAUUACAUCCUCAAGGUACCGGGGGCUCCCUGCACCAACUCCUCCUCCAGACAAGAAGCGCUCAGGGAAAAAGAAGAUCAGCAAGGCUGACAUUGGGGCCCCCAGCGGGUUCAAGCACGUCAGCCAUGUUGGAUGGGACCCUCACAGUGGAUUUGACGUGAAUAACUUGGACCCUGACCUGCGGAGCCUCUUCUCCAGAGCUGGGAUCAGCGAGGCCCAGCUCACUGAUGCAGAGACUUCCAAGCUAAUUUAUGACUUCAUUGAGGACCAGGGCGGGCUAGAGGCUGUGCGAGAGGAGAUGAGGCGGCAAGGCCCUGGUCCACCCCCUCCACCCCCAUCUCGUGCAGGGCCCCCUCAGCGGUCCCCUGUCUCCUCUGUGGUAGGGAGUCGGGGCCCCCGCUCAGGACCCCUCCCCCCAGUGCCCUCUGGGACUGGCGGGAUCCCUGGGGGACCUCCACCAAUUCCACGGGGCCCCCCACCUCCACCUGGCCGUGGGGGCCCCCCACCUCCGCCGCCACCUGCCUCUCACUUGGGGCUUCCAGCAACCCCACAACUGCUGCCACCAACCCCUGGGUCAGGGCCACCACCACCUCCACCGCCACCACCACCACCUCCACCAUCGGCACCUUCGUCUGGGGGGUCUGUGGCCCCUAGAGGCCGGGGGGCCCUGCUUGAAGAGAUCCGACAGGGCAUUCAGCUCAACAAGACACCUGGGGCCCAGGAGUUCCCAGCUCCCCCACCCCCAAGCUCUGAAGGGCUGGUGGGGGCCCUCAUGCAUGUCAUGCAAAAGCGGAGCAAAGUUAUCCACUCUUCAGAUGAAGGGGAGGACCAGGGUGGUGAGGAGGAAGAGGAUGAUGAAUGGGAAGAUUAAGGAAUCCAUGGCCUCUUCCUGCUGCCGGCGCCAAACUCUCCAAUAGACCUUGUCAAUUCUCACAGCCCUGCUCCUAUCCCAGAUUGUGUACCCCGCACCCUGAUAAUGACACAAGAGUUUAGAGAAAUAAAUUGCCCUCUAGGUACUGCUGUGGCUGCG